AUGAAGAAAGAAAGAGCCAGAAGAAACUCCAAAACAAAAGGCCAACAAUCAUCAUCCAAAACAACAACAAACAAGAAGCCAAGCAGAUGGGAGGAUCGAAAUUAUGUGCAGAUCAAGAGCAACAUGCUCUCUUUUGCAACAACAAUUGACAACAUCAGACAGAGACUUGAACGUUGGCACGAUGUCUUAACACUGCUAUCAAAGACACCUUUUUGGGCAUUGAUAGAAGCAUAUAUCCAGAGAAGGUUAACAAAGGUAAAGUGCAUGAAGUCUAACUACGACAUUGUGAGACUCAUACAAGUUUAUGACACAAAGACAAAGAAGUUCAAGUUUAAUGAUGGUGACAGUGAGAUGAAAAGCAAAGAUGUGGCUGAAAUUUUUGGCUUGCCAAACAGUGGCAAGAAGUUACCAAGCACAACAACCUCAACAAGGCCAAAAUUGCAGUUUGUAGAGAAAUACUUCGCGCGAUUGAUAAUCCUACAACUCUUCAUGACCAAUCUCUUCUGCAACUCUGGUUGUACACUUGCUUGGACAUAUACAACCACAAUAGACACCUUAGAAGAGAUGGGGAAAUAUAAUUGGGCUCGAGGAGUUUUGGACUACAUGUAUUUUGGAUUAGAACAAGCAAAGAAGAACAAGAAGGACAAAAAAAAACAGCCAAGCGUGAGUUGCUGCCUAAUCCUAAUACUGUAUUGGCUGUGUCAAAGAUCUAACCUGCUCACUCCAAUUCCUGGAAGAGAACAAAUGACACCAGCUGCUGUCAAAUGGAGUCUUCAAGAACUUAGCGCGAAGCUUCAUCAUCUAAAGAACAACCAGAUAAAGAUAAAAAGCACUAAAGCUCAAGAGCCGGAUGAUGAUUCUGAAGAAGGGAAUGAAGAGGAGGAUGAUGUUGCUGAAGAAGUGAAUGAAGAGCAUGAUGAUGAUGCUGCUGAAGAAGUGAGUGAAGACAAGGAUGAUGCUGCUGAAGAGGUGAAUGAAGAGCAUGGUGAUGCUGCUGAAGAAGAAAAUGAAGAGGAGGAGGAUGCUGAAGUGAAUGGAGACCAUGAUGAUGCUGCUGAACAUCAAGUCCAACAACACCACCAGGUACAAGAAGACCUCCAAAAUGAAAUCCCAGAAUACCGGAAUUCAAUGCUAUUUGAGGAAAUUGUUAGAUCAGUCCCAGAAUACAAGAAGGAUGAAAUAUAG